CGGAGUACUUUACAAUUCACAUGCGGGGCCUGCCUUACAAUUCGUUUGAAAACGAUGUCUUCAAGUUCUUCGAUCCUCUGCGGCCAGCCAAUGUGCGUAUCAAUUACAACAAGAAGGGACUGCACAGUGGAACAGCUGACGCAUACUUUGACACAUACGAUGACUCUCAGCUGGCAAUGAAGCGGCAUCGCGAAAAGAUAGGCUCUCGUUACAUAGAGCUUUUCUAUGAUGGCAAAACACGAGGAGGACCACACAUGGGUGGUGGUGGUGGAAACAAUGGAGGAGGCGGUAACAACAACAAUGGAGUGGGUGUCGGAGGAGGCGGCGGUGGAAACAAUGGUGGAGUAUUUCAUAAGUCUAUGGAUCGAAAACAACAUACCCAAUCAACAAGAUGAAUAUACAACGGACAAUGUCGAUAGUGCAUAGAAUUAAACUUCCCGAACGCAUCAAUUACAGAAUACAAUUACAAAUGCAACUGUAACAUGGACAGUUCCGAAAAUUGUAAAGCACUUUACAAUAAAAACAUAAAAUAAUAUUUUAGUGAAA